AUGCAUAGUCUCGGUUCGAGUUACAGCGAUACCUCAUCAUUAUCAUUCCCUCGCUACCAAGGAUUUGGAACUUUGGCAACCCCAUUUAGUCGACCCCCAGGUUUCGGAUUGACGUCUCAGUCAAUCCCAACUUUUACGUCAAGUUUUAUCGUUGUUAUAAGACAACAAAUGGACGAAAGUAAUCAUGAAAUGGUACACAUGCUAACUCAGCAAAUGGGUACCAUAUUGAGGCCAUUGAUCCAGGAUUCAACGCAUAGUUGCCAACAGUUGGCAACCCAAAUGACAAGGAUAAAGGAUUUUUUGGGAGCCCCAAGGGCUCAGGUCUGUCAGAAUCCUGCGCCUCCUCCUCGACCGGAAACACUGGUUCGACAAGAGGAAAUGACGGAUGAUACUGCCGAACAGGAACAUCGGGAAUUUGAACAUAUCCAAAGGAUGGCACAAAGGCCCCCCGUGACAGAAUUUCCUAGGGGGUGGAAAGUCCCAAAAUUUGCCGUGUUCAUUGGGGAUACUGAAGAAUCCACCCUCGAGCACGUGGCCAGGUACCAGACCGAGGUUGGCGACAUAGAUAACAAUGAGGACUUGAAGUUAAAAUAUUUCCCAAGUUCUCUUACAAAAAACGCGUUUACAUGGUUCACAGUGCUACCUCCACAGUCGAUCCAAACGUGGACACAGUUAGAGAGAUUAUUCCAUGAACAAUUUUACAUGGGACAAUCGAAGAUUAGCCUCAAAGAACUAGCUAGCGUUAAGCAAAAGGUUGUUGAGUCAGUUGAUCAGUAUCUAAACAGGUUUAGACUGUUGAAAGCACGAUGCUUUACCCAAGUCCCUGAACAUGAACUAGUCGAGAUGGCGGAUGGGGGUCUAGAUUAUUCUAUAAGAAAAAAGCUAGAUACUCAAUAUCUUAGAGAUAUGGCCCAAUUGGCCGAUAGGGUUCGACUCGAAGGAGUUUCUUCCGACGAUGAAGAUAUAAUCGACAAAAGUGAGGUUAACGUGGAAGAACUUAAGCCCGGAACUUCGUAUGCGUGUAAGGUUUUAAAGCCCUCGAAUGGGAAAAACCUUGUCGAACCAGAGAAAAUAGACAAAUACGUAGCUAAGACCUAUACUUUCGACGUGUCUAAGGAUUUGGUGCAGAAAGCUCUGAAAGAAGGAAGGCUCCAGUUUGGUGAAAGGCCAAAAAUGCAGGUGGAUUCCGACCCUCUAAAGAUAGAGGAAGCUUUGUACGUAGAGCCUCUUGAAUGCAUGGUGGUAGAGACUACUGAUGGUCUUAUUGAGGUUUCCAAAGCAGACUCGUUAGCUGAAUCGUUUGAAGUGAUGAUGGUCUAA